AUGUCUGACCAGGAGCCAAAACCUUCAACUGAGGACUUGGGGGAUAAAAAGGAAGGAGAAUACAUUAAACUCAAGGUCAUUGGACAGGAUAGCAGUGAGAUUCACUUCAAAGUAAAAAUGACAACACAUCUCAAGAAACUCAAAGAAUCAUACUGUCAAAGACAGGGAGUUCCAAUGAAUUUACUCAGGUUUCUCUUUGAAGGUCAGAGAAUUGCUGAUAAUCACACUCCAAAAGAACUGGGACUGGAAGAAGAAGGUGUGAUUGAAGUUUAUCAGGAACAAAUGGGGGGUCAUUCAACAGUUUAG